CUUCGGGUAAGGGCGGAAGUGUUAGGAUUGGGGAAGUGACGGCAGAGUGUCAACAUGCAAGAUGGCAGCUCAUCACAGGCAGAACACGGCGGGGCGGAGGAAAGUUCAGGUCUCGUAUGUAAUCAGGGAUGAAGUGGAGAAAUACAAUCGCAACGGCGUGAACGCCCUCCAACUCGAUCCCACUCUGAACAGACUCUUCACAGCCGGACGAGACUCAAUCAUCAGAAUAUGGAGCGUCAAUCAGCACAAGCAAGACCCCUACAUAGCAUCCAUGGAACACCACACGGACUGGGUGAACGACAUUGUGCUGUGCUGUAAUGGCAAGACAUUGAUCUCUGCCUCCUCUGACACCACUGUUAAAGUAUGGAACGCGCACAAGGGAUUCUGCAUGUCCACUUUGAGAACACACAAGGACUAUGUGAAAGCCUUAGCAUAUGCAAAAGACAAAGAAUUAGUGGCAUCCGCAGGACUGGACCGCCAGAUAUUCCUCUGGGAUGUAAAUACUCUCACUGCACUGACUGCAUCCAACAAUACCGUCACUACUUCAUCGCUAAGUGGAAACAAAGACUCUAUAUACAGUCUGGCCAUGAACCAAAUGGGCACUGUCAUAGUCUCCGGCUCUACUGAGAAGGUGCUGCGAGUCUGGGACCCCAGAACGUGUGCCAAGCUGAUGAAACUGAAAGGCCAUACUGACAAUGUGAAAGCGUUGCUGUUGAACAGAGAUGGCACACAGUGUCUUUCAGGCAGUUCAGAUGGAACAAUCCGUCUGUGGUCUCUAGGUCAGCAGCGGUGUAUAGCAACCUACAGGGUCCACGAUGAAGGGGUCUGGGCACUACAGGUGAACGAAGGCUUCACUCAUGUGUACUCUGGAGGGAGAGACCGGAAGAUCUACUGUACAGAUCUCAGGAAUCCGGAUAUGAGGCUGCUCAUCUGUGAAGAGAAAGCACCAGUUUUAAAGAUGGAGCUUGAUAGAUCUGUGGAUCCUCCUGUUGCCCUGUGGGUUUCAACAACCAAAUCAUCGGUCAAUAAAUGGUCUAUAAAAGGUAUAAUGAACUUCAGAUCCUCAGGAGAUUAUGAGAAUGACUGUAGUACACCAAUGAGUCCAUUCUGCUCACAGCCUGACCAAGUUAUUAAAGGUGGUGCAAGCAUUAUUCAGUGUAACAUACUGAAUGACAAGAGGCACAUACUAACCAAAGACACAAAUAACAAUGUGGCAUAUUGGGAUGUGUUGAAGGCUUGCAAAGUUGAAGAUUUGGGAAAAGUGGAUUUUGAAGAAGAAAUUAAAAAGAGGUUUAAGAUGGUCUAUGUCCCGAAUUGGUUCUCUGUUGACCUGAAAACUGGGAUGCUGACCAUCACCUUAGAUGAGAGCGAUUGCUUUGCAGCGUGGGUGUCCGCCAAAGACGCUGGGUUCAGCAGUCCAGAUGGGUCUGAUCCAAAAUUAAAUCUUGGGGGACUCUUGUUACAAGCAUUACUAGAGUUUUGGCCAAGAACUCAUAUAAACCCAAUGGAGGAAGAAGAGAAUGAAGUAAAUCAUGUGGCAAACGGUGAGCAGGAGAAUAGGAUACAGAAGGGCAAUGGCUAUUUCCAAGUGCCACCUCAUACUCCGGUGAUCUUUGGAGAAGCUGGGGGUCGCACUCUUUUCAGGUUACUCUGUAGGGACUCUGGCGGAGAGACGGAAUCCAUGCUUCUUAAUGAAACUGUUCCACAGUGGGUGGUUGACAUUACUGUGGAUAAAAAUAUGCCCAAAUUCAAUAAAAUUCCAUUCUACCUCCAACCACAUUCAUCAUCGGGAGCAAAAACCCUGAAGAAAGACAGAUUGUCCGCUAGUGACAUGCUGCAGGUCAGGAAGGUGAUGGAACAUGUAUACGAGAAAAUUAUAAACGUAGACACAGAGUCUCAGACCACCAGUUCCUCAAAUAAUGAAAAACCAGGAGAACAAGAAAAGGAGGAGGACAUUGCUGUGCUGGCGGAAGAGAAGAUUGAGCUCUUAUGUCAAGAUCAGAUUCUGGAUCCUAACAUGGACCUGCGGACUGUGAAACAUUUCAUUUGGAAGAGCGGUGGCGACUUAACCCUUCACUACCGGCAGAAGUCAACGUGAAGGUGUUCCAAACAGCAGCUACACUGACGUUAUCUCGUUGAGGACUAAAAACUAGUACUGUAUGGAAGCCCUACUGAACUCUUAUACAUAGCUGUCAAUCGAGCCAGUAUGGAGAUUCACAUAUACCUUUAGUCAACCUACCUGUAACAGACGAUCCCACCACUUUAGUUUCUUGGGUUUCAGCAUAAAUUGACUACAGAUAGGGGAACCAUUGUAAUUUGUGUGUGUUUUAAUGUACAGAGUCGUUGAUAAAGAUUUCCAAUGUGUCUUUCAUGAAUCUGUUCCAAGACAAAUUCUAUCAACAUGGAAUGAAGCGCGUUGAACCCCAUGUAGGGGGGGGGGGUGCAUAUUGCAGGCCAUAGGCAGUCAUCUUAAAGAUCUGUGAGGGUUGGGGGAUGGGUUUAAGAACUACAUCUUGAAACUAUUAGAUGCUGCCAUAGUGCGGAGGGAAGGAAAGCCCAUUAAGGAACUUGUAGGCUAUGUCGGCAGAAUCGCACAGCAGUGAUCAAUGGCAGCUGUUCUUGUGGAACAGUUUCAGUGUAUGGGGAAUACUAUAUGACACAGUAUGUCUCCUGAUGCCAUGCAUCGUACGCGAUGAAACUGAACGCCACAUGUUGAGCCACAUUCUACGUUAUCAUUUAUUGCAAAAUCAGAACUGUUUCUAUGUCAAUAUAUUUUGUAGCCUAACCAUUCAGAGAUGUGGCGAUCAGUAAAAGGUUGGUGACCAUUUCAUAUUUAGUCGGCUGGUUUUGGCAAUGUAAAUAAGGCUUCAGUUUUUGCCAGCAGAACGAUGUACAGGUUUAUCGGUCAUGACGUGAAGUGCUGCUUAUUGACUAAACAGACAGGUAACUUUUUGUAAAAUAUUUCAUUUGAAAUAGUAAAAGUAGGUGUUUCUCAGAAAUGUAGAUCAUAAAGUGAAUCUCUACCUGUUAUGGUUUCAAUUUUAGGUUCAAGAUUCUGUUCAGAUUAAUUUCUUAACCCCCAGCAACCUUCAGCACUCCAGCUGUUGUGAAACUACAAUUCCCAGCAUGCCCCACUGAUUUUUAUGGGAGUUCUGAGAAGAGCAGAGCGUGUGUGCAUGCUGGGAGUUGUAGUUUUACGACAGCUGGAGUGCUGGAUGUUGCCUACCCCUGCCCUAAGGCAUAAUGCCGAACAUGUACUGCAUUAUGUGCAAGAACUUGUAUGGAGAAGGCUGCUGCAUGGAGCCCACUUCAUACACUAUAUAAUACAGCCAGCACCCGGCCGC